AAGAAAGCGUCAAAUAUUUACUUCCGGUAUAGUUUUCCUACAUUCAACAACGUUCUGAUUGCAACAAAAAUGGAAAAGACCCUUGAAAAAUCUAUGGAUGAAACGUUCAGAGUCCCCGGGUGUUGCUGGAGUGUUAUGUGCUGAUGAACAUGGUCUUUGUUUAUCAUCCAAGGGGAUAGCCAAGAUGGAGGCAGCAGGACAACUGGCCAGUCUAGCCCGACAAGCCCAGCAGUUACACCCCUUAAACCCCGGCCCAGUCAUCGCCAUAGAGGCAGAAGGAGGAACUGUUUUGAUAAAGAAUGAAUCGGAUGUAACCAUGGCGGUUUACAAGUCGCCGAUGUCCUGACCAUUCAAGACAUACAAAUUGGAAUGCAUCGGACAUGUCUGUGAGAGGGGAAAAAUGCAUAAACAUUUGAUUGAAUUCAUCCAUAGCCUGGACUAAGAUGUCUAACACCUACAGUUGUCUGUUGUGGGUAGAGUGCAAUUUAUGAAAUCUUCACCAGUAAAGAAUAGAUGUAAAUAUAAACAAAAUUUGAUUGUAAAUAAAAACAAAUAUCAAUCUAAGAUGUAGAUAAUAUUAUGUGACAUGUCAUUUCUAUGUGUAUUUGUAAAAUGAAUUUUUAAAUGAAUAAAUCAUAUUAU